AUGGACAUCCACCACAAUUUCUUCGGCCACACCCGCACCGCCACUGAGGAGGAGGAGGAGGAGCUGCUGGGGUGCCUGCAACGGUUGAACCGCAUGCUGCGCUUGGGCACGACGCUCGUCGAGUGCAAGAGCGGCUGCGGCCUCGAGACGGAGAUGAAGAUGCUCAAGGUAGGUCGGACUGCCGACCAGGCCACGUCGAAGAAGGCAUUCUCCAACAACCGAACGGAUUCCCCUCAAGGUGCACGUGCCUAUCAGCGCUAUGGUGUGGUGUGGCGCAUUCUUGAGGCGGGCAAGGAGGCCGGCCUUUUGCUCAACUUGCAUGGCGACGAGAUCAACUACAUGAACGCCGUAGAGCUCGGUGGAGAGCUUGCGGUGUGGUCGGCGGUGUGGUCGGGGGGGGGAUCACCAUCAACGCUCCUCCUGACGGUUGCGGCCAUGGCCAAGGUCGCGACGUUCGCCGUGCUCCUGCCCACCACGGCCUACAUUCUACGCUUUGGAGCACCCGCCCGCUCGCAAGAUGCUCGAAGCCGGUAA